GGAUUUUUCCCGCUCAGUUCGGGACUUUUUCCAGGCACCGAAAGUUAUUAGCACAGGAGACCAGUUGGAGAGGAAACUCCUCCCCCCAAAGGAAGGUAGACACCAGACCUCUCCUCACUCCCCGAGCUAACACUGGGGCUUUCUCCUCACCAUAAUUAAUAGUCAAGGCCAACCCUUUUGGCACGUUUCUUCCUCCCUCCCUUGCGGGUGGCAGCGUUGUUUGAUUCCCUGAGGCCAGAAACUUUCACUCGAGUUCGCCGGAGAGGGAGGCCCGCGCCGGCUGGUUCCGCGGUGCCCACUUCUCUCCUCUUUCUUUCUCUCCUCUUGCUCUUCGCGGUCCUCCGAGCCACAGGCCAGUCGCCAGUCCGCGUAGUUUUGUUUCUUUUCCAUCAUGCAGAAAAUUAAUCAGCCCGGACGAGAAGCGGAGCUGAGCACGGCGGCCUGUAAUUAAGGGACGUGUGCCCCUCGGAUUAUCUCGUUAGUUUAUCAAGAAAACAUUUAUUAUAAUUAAUUCUUGGACGAGUUCAACCGCUCCCAACCCACACACUAAGGACCCUGAAUCUGUCCACCCCCAGCGAAGCGAGACCUUCUGGCUGGGUCCCCCCGAUUUGGGCCGAUUUUGCGCCUCCAAACAACCUUAGCAUGAUGUCUUAUCUUAAGCAACCGCCUUACGCAGUCAAUGGACUGAGUCUGACCACUUCGGGCAUGGACUUGCUGCACCCCUCGGUGGGCUACCCGGGGCCCUGGGCUUCUUGUCCCGCAGCCACUCCCCGGAAGCAACGCCGGGAGAGGACGACGUUCACACGGGCGCAGCUAGACGUGCUGGAAGCUCUAUUUGCUAAGACCCGGUACCCAGACAUCUUCAUGCGGGAGGAGGUGGCGCUGAAAAUCAACUUGCCCGAGUCCAGGGUGCAGGUAUGGUUUAAGAAUCGAAGAGCUAAGUGCCGCCAACAGCAGCAGCAGCAACAGAAUGGAGGUCAAAACAAAGUGAGACCUGCCAAAAAGAAGACCUCUCCAGCCCGGGAAGUGAGUUCAGAGAGUGGAACGAGUGGCCAAUUCACUCCCCCCUCUAGCACCUCAGUCCCGGCCAUUUCCAGCAGCAGUGCUCCCGUGUCUAUCUGGAGCCCAGCUUCCAUCUCCCCACUGUCAGAUCCCUUGUCCACCUCCUCUUCCUGCAUGCAGAGGUCCUAUCCCAUGACCUAUACUCAGGCUUCAGGUUAUAGUCAAGGAUAUGCUGGCUCAACUUCCUACUUUGGGGGCAUGGACUGUGGAUCUUAUCUGACCCCUAUGCAUCACCAGCUUCCUGGACCAGGGGCCACACUCAGCCCCAUGGGUACCAAUGCAGUCACCAGCCAUCUCAAUCAGUCCCCAGCUUCUCUUUCCACCCAGGGAUAUGGAGCUUCAAGCUUGGGUUUUAACUCAACCACUGAUUGUUUGGAUUAUAAGGACCAAACUGCCUCCUGGAAGCUUAACUUCAAUGCUGACUGCUUGGAUUAUAAAGAUCAGACGUCCUCGUGGAAAUUCCAGGUUUUGUGAAGAUCCGUAGAACCUUUUUGUGGGUGAUUUUUAAAUAUACUGGGCUGGACAUUCCAGUUUUAGCCAGGCAUUGGUUAAAAGAGUUAGAUGGGAUGAUGCUCAGACUCAUCUUCUGAUCAAUGAUCCGAGAGGCAUAGAAGGAAAAAUGAAGGGCCUUACAGGGGCCCACCAACCAGCAACCUGAAAUGGACAGACCAGUCUACUUAAGAUCCUGUCAUAGUUUUAGGUCAUUGGUUUUCCUGAUUUGCAAAGUGAUCAAAAGCAUUCUAGCCAUGUGCAACCAAACACCACCAAAAAUAAACAAAACUAAAUUGCGAGGGAAAGGAGGGAAGGACAUAGCCUUCUUAAGCAGAGGGGUUCCAAUGUUUUAGCCAAUCCGUGGUUGAAUCUUAGGAAUGGACAGUGUCUCAAGCUCACUCACGUUUCAUGACCAACUGGUAGUUGGCACUGAAAAACUUUUCAGGGCUGUGUGAAUUGUGCGACUGAUUGUCCUAGAUGCACUACUUUAUUUAAAAAAUAAUGUUCAUAAGGAGUCAAUAUGUAGUUUAAGAGACAAUCAGUGUGUGUCUUAUAUAAAUGGUACAUCUGUGGUUUUUAAUCUGUGCUAGACUUCAAAACUGUGAUCUCCUGUUAUUGUAUGCAACCUUGAACUCCACCUCUGCAGGGGUUCUUCUGUGAUUAAAUAGGUUAUAAUUAUAAGCAAAUUCAGAGCAACUGAGUACUUAUCUAAAAAGAUUACCUUUGGCUGGAGGUGAGCUGCACUGAAACUUUACAACAAAAUGUCUCUGGACAAGGAGAGUGAGAGAAGAGAAACAGAAGGACACUGAUUCAUCUGUAAUUUACUGUUGGUAAGCCUAGCAGUAAAGAGACAUUGGUCAAUUGCUCUGACCCUGAUGAAUUUAUAGACUGAGAUCAUUGUCGUUUAUGCUUGCAGAUGUUAACUGGAAAAGUUAUAUAUGCAUAAACCUUUUCUUCCUGGAUUUGGCAGAUAUGUAUAAUUAUAUUAAAAUGGUUCUAGCACAA